AUGAACAAAGUUAAGAACGAGUAUGGGAAGACGUCGGCACACAACAUGGCAAAGCGGGAACCGGCCGUUGCACCGCUCGAACACAUAUGCGGCAGACGUCCACAAUAUCACGUCAUCACCGACGUACAAAACGAGGUCAGCGGCCGUGUGGCAGCCGCCCGCCGCGCAAGGCCGGCACAGACACGGCCAAAAAGUCCGGGCGGACGCAAGCACCCACCUGCGAAAACCAAAGAGUCGGAAGGACACGCUCCCUCGCUCUUUCUUCCCCCCUCCCCCUUCGGUUCGACAGCGGCCCUCCGCUGGCAGCCGCGCGCCUCCGGACCACGGACGGCUUCUCCCGUAGAAAACUGUGGAAUCUCACAUCCCACCCCCACGUUAAAGCAAAUUCCUUCUCUGUUGUGCGCACAGAUCACACACACACCUUCCACAUUUUCCUCGGCCGAAAAUGCUGGCCGGGAUUUCUGA